AUGGAUCUAGAAUAUGAAGGAACUUUAUUCACUGAGAGGGAUUUUCGUGAUACAUGUGCUAUUGAAGAUAAAAGGUUAGAAUAUGCAUUUUUGUCUGUUUUAACCCAAACAACACUGAAGCGUCAGUUUUCUGGAACUUACCACAUAAAACCAGAAGUAAAGACUGAGUAUCUUGGAUGCUAUUGUGGGAUUCCAGAGAAAGGAAGAAGUGCAGAUUGUAGUGCAGAGAAGCAACUCUUCUUAAAUGAGCACCAGUUAAUUUUGUGGAUAUAUGAUCCCGAAAGUGCAGAUGCCUCUGAGUUGAAUCACACUGCAGUUUUUCCAUCAGAAAGUUCUCAGAUACUCAGCAAGAUGUUACAGAUUUGGGGACAGAAACCUGUUGUUCAGACCUAUUUCAAGCAAAAAACAUACCACUGUCAGAGGCUUCCAAAAUCCGGCACUUGUUAUAAAAGAGAAGCCAGACAUGUUUUUAAAGUUGGAGCAGAACACAAGCUUCCUGAGAGUGAAAUACUUCGAAUGCAUUCAAGAUAUUGGAGUUCAUCUGUUUAUCCAGUGCAGAGUGGAAAACAAUUAAGUACUUGGGCAGCAGGGAUGUCUACUGAGCUGUAUGUUGGAUACAAUGAAGCAUUUAAUAAAAUAGCAGAUACUGCAAGCUUAGUGAAGAUCGUCAGUUUUCCAAACACUGCUUCUUUAACUGUAACAACUGUUAGCUGGGACUCAGUCCCAUGCGAAGUGACAAUGUCACUUAUUUGCAAUGCCUGCAGCUCCUCCAGACUAUUUUUUCUGGCAUUUUAUAAUGAAGGCAGACAACUUUGGGGCUUAGGAGAUUUUUGCUUACCUGUUCCUCACAGUUCUGCUAUGAGGAUGAUAUACAUAAAUUCAGCAUUAUCUUCUGGACUGCUGUGGGAUGAUGUGUUUGCUACACCUGUAAAAACAGCACGGAUAAUGGAUAUCUUCAUGUGUCUGGAUCAACACUACCAGAAAUGUCUGAUGGGAGCACUAUCCACCAGAUUAUUCUCGGUCUCCCACUUUUUUGUUGGCUGCCCUCCAGGAAGGCACAUUGCUGUUAAGAUAUACGAUGGUGAUAUUUGUGUUAGAAAUGUUGAAGCAAAUUUUGUAUUAUGGGAGAUAAAAGGCAGAACUGAUGAUGGAUACACUUCAUCCAUGAAAAAAAAUUACAGAUCCUGUUUUGAGCUUGAGAACAGUUCAAAGGAAGGACUGAAUGAGCAGUAUCAGAUUUUAAACAGCACUUCUCAAAACCACAUGGCUCGGCCUUUUAGUCAUGAUGCCACUUACGUGUUCAGAGUGAGGAUAUUAACUCGAAACUACAGGUCAGAUGUUUCUAUGGCUAAGUUUUAUUCCUUCAUCACACUCAGCACCUUGUUGGUCUGUGCCACCUUCUGCUACAGAUACAGCCUCACUUGGAAGUCUGAAACACUGGGCAGAAGACCUAAAGGCCAGUAUCUCACUGAUACACUAACAAAGUAAAACUUUAAAUAGGAUGGUGUUUGGGACAAGUGAUACACUGUUUAUUAACAGAUGGUUUUGCAAGUACUUCUUAUAUCUCUAUAAUACUAUUUAAUGCAUUUAGUUUCAUAUACA